CCAGCCUGUUGCGCACUUGGCGACACAACACGGAUCGCGCACUGCCGGCCUCGUGGAUGGAAUCAGACAGUACCGGACUUCUCUGAAUGAACAUUGAUAGGCAGCUUUGAGGCUGGAUUUCCUCACCAUUAAAUUUACCGAGUCUUCAUUUCUACCGCCGCAUUUGAGCGGAUACAGACUUUACGCAUCCCGGGAGGACGCGGCAAAGGGACACACGAGGUCAUCAGCAGGAGGAAACAACCAACGCUACGAAAUCCACCGUCGGUCUGGGCGUGUCGGUGCAGCGCUGCGAUGAAGCGCUAAAGCCAGCAAACUCGUGUGUGUCGCAUUGAGCACAUGAAAAGCUUCAAACGCCAGAGCUGUUGCACAGUUAGUGUGGGUUUUCUUUUUUUUUUUUUUUUUUUUCUCUAACAUAUGAACUGUGUUGAGUGUGAAACAUCGUGGAAGCUGAGUACUCAAAGCACAGAGAAUGGUUCAACCGUCCACGUCAGUCUGCCUGCUGACAGGCCUGUUAGGCCUGCUUCUGAUAUUUCCUGUUCUGAUGGCCCCAACGCCCGCCAGCAUGUGCACGCCCCUGAAGACGCUCAGCGACAACCUCAGCCACAGGCGACGGUACAUGAAGCACAACUUCCCCAUCAACUACACCAUCCGGGUUCAUCAGAAGGAAAUCUUCAAGCUGUCAAACAUCAGGAGGAUGAGGUUAAAUGUGGAGGGGUUAGAUGACCUGGUUCUCCAAAGGCUGUGGUUUCAAAUCAACCAAGGCGUCUUAAAAAAGAUUAUCCGGAUCAUGCCGGAGAGACAUCCGUCACGCUCGUACACCGCAGAGCUGGAGAGACGCUUCAAGGAUGCUGAGGGAGUGUUCGUGCAGUCGCAGCCCCCGGAGGCGCUCCAGCAGGAGCUUCCGCAGACCGUCCAGGACAUUUGGGACCGGUUAACAGAAGAACCCGACUUGGUGCCGGAGUCCAGCUGGCGGUUCGCUUUCCCAAAAUCCCUCCUGGACAAUCUCUUCCACACAAUGUACUGUCUCUUCAGCGAGUGCUUCUCCAGCGAAGAUGCACAACAGGACUACUGUGAAGUUUCCCAUUGGAGGAAAGGCAGGAAGAAAGAUCUACAGCCUGAAAGCUGAGAGGACGUCAGCGGAGUGAGCUUCCCUGUUGUUAUUGAUUAGGGAUUAGUGUUUUUCGUAAUAUUCCCAUGGAGAGAAGUACGAAGGCCAUCCACACUGAAAGAAGAAAAAUCCAGUCCUGGUUUUGAACAUGAAUAAGUCUUUCUCAAAUGUGCGAGAUUUUGGGAGAGAUUUGUUCAUGUUCAUGUGUGUAAACUGAACCGACGUACAAUCAGCCUAUUCUUUUCUAUCGGGGAUUCUUUUGGAAGGACGGUGUGGCUCAAGCGCCUCAGUGCCCGUCGGCGAAGGGGGCCCAUCGCUGCGGCUCUGCCCAAAUCUCCGCCCAAAAAGCCUGCUGUCCUGCAAAGAUUCGGCUCAGAGAGCAACAGGAGAGAGCAGACUCUGGAUGGAACUGAGAGACUUUGUACCAUAGUGACUUUUCUUCUCUCAGCGAUGUAUAUGAACUCCAAACUCAACGCAAACUGAUAACUACUGUUUCCACUCCUGCAUUCAGCCGCCGACUUCACAUCUCUCAACCUUUUGCUGCCAUUUUCAAAGUCUUUUACAAGCUUGCUAACGCUCCAGAUGGCAUCACAGGAAGCUGGUAUUUCCCAUUUUGCCCGAAUCCACAGAACGACGUGAUGGACAGCGGCGUGCAGUCGUCUCCCUCCGUCCCAGCUAUGCAUUCUCAUCAGCUGCAGGUUUGGUGGAGUCUGUUUUACCAGAAAUCUUCUCAAUAUUUCAAUGCCUUAUUAUUAUUAUGAUGUGGGUAGAACCUGAGGAGAGUCCAUUAUCAUUUCAAGCAAAAAUGUUAAGUUUUCCAUUCAGCUCUGCUGCUGCAAACGCUCAGAGAAAGAGUGAUGUUGCUUAACAUUUGUUGUCAUGGUGUACAGUGACUUUUCCAUUUCAGACCUGAUCAAUAUGAUUUGUUGUUAAUGGGGUCUGAGAUCACCGUGCGUCAGCUCUAGUGCUCCCCACCCUUCCGCCAUUCCACCGAUCUGUUGUUACCCAAGUGCCUGAUUUACUAAAAUCAUGCUGAAAGCAAGUUAAAAUUUCAUGUGCUUUUCGACAUUUUGGUUGAGGAAGUUAACAAACAUAUCAGCAAUACAGAAAAUGAAAAGAAGCUUCUCAUGACGUUUCCAGCAGCAUCUCUGUUAAAGAUUGAGUCGGUUUGCACCACUUUUUUAUAUAUGAUAACAACAGACCCUUGUCGGAGUGAUUCUGCAUUGUACAUUCAGCGGUUCGCAUCAACUCUUCCUGGAACUUUGCGCAUUCUGGAACAUGUCUGAUGAAGGUUAACAUGCUAAGUGAAUAGCCUCUGUUCAUUUUCCUCAGUCACAUUAGUAAAUCAGCUCCCACAGUGUGUGUGUGUGCAAAGUAUCAUGUUUGCACACUUUUUUUUUUAUACACACACACACCUUUAGGUGAUCAGGACAUAAAUACAGUAAAUAUAUUUAUUGAAAAGAUUAUGCUUUAUUAGGUAAUUUAACUGUGAGAUCCACUGUAAAUACUACAGACUGAUUUAGAAUUGUGAAAGAAGCAGGAAAAUGAAGACUUUUUUAAAAUAAAUAUAUUUAUAUGGGAUUUAUAGGCGGAUAUCAGAAACUAUUCUCAACAGAAAAACCCACUGAAAGCCAAAAUACUUAGAAAAGUGGUUCAAAGUCAAACAGCUGGAGGGUGAAGGCCAGAAAACUCUUAUGGUGUUCCAAAAAACUGAGUGGAUUAAACUGUGGACUCAGCAGUGAGAAACAGACACAAAGUGAUGCUUGUGUGACAUGGACAGAGUAUAUAAAGUUUCUUUGUUUUCAUAAAGGGGCGGUGUAGUGGUUAGCACUCUCGCCUCACGGCGGUACAAUCCCUGGUUUGAGCUGUGUAGAGUUUGCACAUUCUCCCUGUGCAUGCAUGUGUUUUCUCCAGGUGAACAAGGUUCCUCACACGGUAAUUGGUGACUCUGAAAUUGUGACUUGCCUUCAUGUAGCUGCACAAAGUUGGAUAAAGUGGUAUAGAAGGUGUGCUUGUACUGUACUUUUACUGUUCUUAAAGCUCGCUGGUGAUUCCUGGGUACGGCCACUUGGUUCAGUCCGACGGCUGCAGGAUAUCAAUGCAGCAGCGAACAUGUUUACGAUGUACUAUUGAGCGAAGCUGCGGAGUCAGCUGUGGACUGAGGGCAUACUGUGUGUCUGACGAGAGGUGCAAUAGAGAGAAAUUUAAAGGCAGUUUGCUUUUAUUUCCAGGACUGGAGUGCUGCUUCUGCGGUUUGACUCAAAAUGUCUGUUCUGUGUAUUUCCGACGUUCUCUGGUGUUUCACGUGUGUUUUCGUCUCACAUGCUUGACUUGAUUUUGGACGAUGAUGAAGUUAAGUUAGAGUAGGGUGGUAAGCCCUUAAGCCGAUAAGCUGUUUAAGUUGUCCCCCUUUUUUUUUUUAUGACGUGGCGUGAAAAAUACAUCGUGGGAGAUUUAGUCAUAACAUAUAGAGAGCAGAGAAGACUUUGUAACAGCACCUGUUUUAUUUCACCACCUUUGGCCACAUUCAGAUACUUUCACUCCCUUUGGAUGGUUAAAUCAUCAUUUUAACAGAUAAUAUUCUCCUCUGAAAGCUGACCUUCAUACCAACUGAGACGUGGGUAUCAGAAAGACAUUAGCGUACCAAGUCGGGCAAACACACGUGAACUGGAAUGCAUAGAAAGGCACAAUAUUCGCCCUUUUUUGGGCAAAUAGACACAGGAUUCUUGUGAGUGUAUUAGACAUAUCUGAAUCUCAUGAUUAUUUUCCCACUGCCGCAAGUUGCUGUUAUUCGUGUGACUCACAGCUCUGAUGACUUCAUCUCAAUGCAUUUGGCUUGUUGCCUGCAGAUCCUGACUCACUGGUUCAAUCAGUUAACAUUGUGACAUUCCCUCACCCACCUGCAUCACUCAUGGUCUUAAAUUGCUUAUUAAUUCACACGCGGUUUCAGAAUUGGCUGCCAAAACAAGCCUCUCCAUAAAGUUUUAUUUACUUUCCAGCCUAAAUCAUGUUUCCAUUUCAAGCUUUCGGUGUUUGUAUCAUAACUUGAGUUACUCCUGAGCGUGUGAAAAGUAUCUAGUUGUAAAGUUUUCUCUGUUUGAAGGUUACAGCCAUGCAUUCACUCCUCUCAUCACAUACAAGUCCUGCAGCUCUGUGUGUUUUUCUGUUUAGGAGGGAUAAUGAUGAUUAAUUAUGUGAUAUCUUAUCGGUUAUAUCACAUUUUAUAAACAGAGUUACACAAAUGUUAAAAAUAGUUAAAAGACAAGGAGUUACAUUGUUGUUAUGAUCUGAUAAUGCCUCUCUGAAUGUAUAUGCACUGGUCUGUCCUACAAGUGUAUUUAUUAGUGUCAUGUGGCAGUUUUUGUUUUUGUUUUUUUUGUGUUGUAAUAUAUGAAUGUACACACACCCAGGGACUACAGAUGGAAAUUUACACUGUUAUGCCUGGUUCGAUACAUUUAUUGUACACCGUCCUUGUUUUUAAUAAACCAUAACAUGAAACAUACAGCAAUGACUUGCUGAGGGGCAAAAAGCAACCGUCACAUGAAAACAACAAAAAAAGUGGAUAGUGAUUGAUGAUGGGGUUGUUUUUGAAUGUUUUUUUUUUUUUUUUUAACUGUACUUGGUCAAUCAUAUGUAACAUCAUGGUUGUCUUUCUAACAAUUCAAAUAUUCUAAGAUGUAAUCAGAGAUCCCUUAUUGUGAAAACUAAAGCGAUAUUUCCCACAGCUGUCUGGCAGCAAGAGAGUAAUACUGCAAACGCAUAGCUACAGUCUGUGGUCUGGAGAUAGAUUUUAGAAAAAAGAUUUUUUUUAUACACAAGAUAUUGAAUAUUUAUUUUUUGGAAAUGUAUAAUGCUAUGUGAUCAUGCUUUUAUGAAAGAAAUAAAAGAAAUCACUAUUUUUUAUC